CAGAAAGCUUCACCAUCACCAGGAUCCGAUCAAUCCUCGACAAUUAUUUCCUACGUCAAUUCUUUUCACCAACUUGCGAAAAGAACCGGGCAUAAUUCAAUAUGCCUCACAAACAUACGCGCAGGGAUAAAGACCCUUCUACAUAUGAUCUCCCACCUUCACAAAUCGCAAAACCUCUACCCGUAACAUCCCAAUCGCAAAAAGCCGACGCAGAGAAACAAACCCCCAACCAGACCGGGAAGAACCUAAAGCGAAAGCGAGAUGCCGCACCGAAGAACGAUGCGCCUCGUGCAUUCAAGAGAUUGAUGGCCUUUGCCGGAGGCAAGAGGCCACGCUCAGGUCUUGAUAAUGGGGACCAACCAACUAAGAAAAACAAGAAGAGGAAAACCGAGGACGCAGAAAACGCCGAGGGUGAUGCUGAAGCCAAGGAGGCCAAGGCAAUUAAAGAAUUGCCUAAAAUUCGACCCGGCGAACGUAUGUCGGAAUUCGCGGCUCGAGUAGAUGCUUCGCUCCCCAUUAGCGGAUUGAUCAACAAUUCGGUCAGGAACGGCAAGGAUCCCUUGGGAUUGAAAGCAUGGCAGACUAAGAAAGAGAGGAAAAUGCACAAGUUAUAUGACGAAUGGCGAGAGGAGGACCGGAAGAUAAAAGAGAAGAAAGAAGAGGAUUUGGAACUCCAGGCAGAAAAAGAACUAGAAGAGGAGGAAAUGGGCGUAACAUGGAAGCUUGAACCGCAGACAGGCGGCAAACGAAAGAAGAAGGGUAAGCGAACGAAGUAUCUUGGUGAGGUCGCAGAUGCGGAUGAGGAUCCAUGGGAGGCAUUGAAGAAGAAGCGUGGUGAGACGAGAGCCGGUUUACAUGAUGUUGUUCAGGCGCCGCCUGAGUUUACCGUCAAGCCCCCGAAGAAGCUAACCGUUAGAGGUGCGGCGGUCGAGAUUGAUGGCAUCCCUAAGGCCGCGGGAAGUUUAAGACGACGAGAAGAACUACAAACCGUCAGAGACGACAUCGUCGCCUCCUACCGGAAGAUGAUGAACCAGAAACGACCAUCUUUACGAACAACUUAAAACUAAAGGACGACCCAUUCAAUAGAUCAGAUACCCCAAAUAUUAGAUAUUCAACUACAUGAAUAUGGUUGGAUUCUUCGUCAGAUGAAGGAAUUCGACGAGUAUUAGACGGUGAGCGAUGUUUUUCGAAGUAGAAACUGAAAGGAAUGAUAUCGCACGUUAUCUAUAGAGCCUACACUCGUCUCAUAUACCGCUCUAAUUCCGUAAAGCAUUUGACAAUCCAAGCUUUCAAAUUCCCCCUGAGUCUCUGAGUGCAUUAGUUACUCAGAAACAUACACGAUAGUGACAUUGACACUAUAACUCAGUUUAUGCUCAACCUUACGUAGGUAUUAUAUAAGAUCUACUGGUUAAUAAAG